UUCAUUUCGUGUCUGAAUUGCACUCAUAGAAUAAGGCGUACAUUGGCGUGUUUUAUAGAGACAAUAGUUUAUUAGGGCAUUCAAUUAAAAUGAAAACCACAUUGCUGUUAUUAUUUGCAAUAAUCGCAAUAGGACAUUGCCAAGAUUCGACAUAUUUUCUCGAACCAAAAUCUGAAGAAACUGACUACGAUCUCAUUUGCAAUGAUCACAACAUAACAAUUAAUUUUUCCGGUCUUAAUUUAAAUUCUAUAAAAGAAAAUUUUUUAUCGAGCCCGAUUAUAACAUGUCUAGACUUGAGCAGUAAUCAAAUACAAACCGUAGAUUAUAGCGCAUUUGCAAAUUUGCCAAAUCUCAAAUAUUUAAAUAUGAAUGGUAAUUCAUUUAAACUGCAAGAUAUAUUUUCAUUUGGUUUUAUGAAUUUAGAAACACUUACAUUAGAUAAUAUUAAUGCUGAUACUGUUUAUUAUCAAAAUAAUGAUUACUGUCAAUUUUGUUCAUUAGAUAGUUAUAAUAACAUUCGUCAUGAUUGUAGGUAUGUAUAUGAAGUACGUACACAAACGAUAUAUCCAAAACUUAAGAAAUUGUUUAUCAGAAAUCAUCUUAAUCCAUUAAUAUUCUUGGCUAAUACAAAAACUAACUUCCCAUCUUUGACUCACUUGCAUCUAUCAUACAGUACCGUAGUACGCGAUGAAUUUAACUGGCUUCCUCAAACAUUAGAAUACUUAGAUUUAUCAGGUCAUAAUCUGGAAACUCUGACUUUGACAGAUUUAAGAAAUUUAAAAUGGAUUUAUCUCGAUAAUCCUAAAGCAAAAUGUUUGCGUCAGGUUAAUUUUAAAAAUUUGAUAAGUCUAAAAUAUCUGUCCCUUCCGUCGAACAGCAUCAGCGAAAUCACACAUGAAACAUUCGCUAAUGUAACUUCUCUUUUGUUUUUGGAUUUAUCUGACAAUGGUAUUAGGUACGUUGAGGGAGGCUCUUUUGACAGUAUGCAAAAUUUGCAAUUCUUAAAUCUCUCAACAAAUAAUAUAGAAAUCAUACAAGGUGGUACGUUCGACAAAUUGAAGAGCUUACGAACCUUGGCUCUCGAAAAGAAUUUAAUCUCUAUGUUUCCGAUGAUAUCUAACGAAAUUAAAUUACAAAUGCUUUCGUUAAACUGUAACAAUCUGAAAAGUAUCGUCGGAGGAACUUUCGCGAAAAUGCCUUACUUAGAAAAAUUGUACUUACAUGGAAACGAAAUCACGUAUAUUGACCAAGAGGCAUUUGCAGGUCUCAAAAAUUUACGAAUCCUGACGUUGUCCGAUAACAAAUUGACAAGUUUGCCGAACAAUUGGUUGCUGCCAAUGAUUAACUUGGAAAGAUUAGAUCUUUCUAACAAUUAUAUUAUAGAUUUCGGUUACUUGGCGUUGAGCGAUUCAUCGCCAUUGCAGUAUUUGUAUCUGUCGAAUCAGCUUGAAAUCAUUAGAUCUAUUUCGCUAUUAGAAAACGUUCCUGAAAAUGUAACGAUCUCGUUGAAAGCUAAUGAUACGACUAUUCAGAAAUGCGUUAAAGAGGGUGAAAAAUACAAUCCUCGUAGCAGAUUGUACGGUUAAUUUUUUGUAUUAUACGCAGAUAGCAUAAAUGUAUUAAACUUGUGUUAAAAUAUGUAUUAUGCGUAUACGUAUAGAUUAAACAAAAUAAUAAGCAUUUGCGACUGAUUAUUCAAAUUAUGUAAACAUUAUUUUACAAGUGUAACGAUGAACAGAUAAAUAUGUAAAAAAUAAAGUUAAUUUUUAUUUUUCAAA